UAAUGUACAUUAUUUAGAUAAUGAUUUAAAUAAAAAAUUUAUUUGCAUACAUUAUUUAGUAAAAUAUACAUAAUUUCCUAUCUAUUUUCAGUCACAUUAGUUAAGACACUUUAUAACUGAUAUUUAAUACUUAAAAUCCACAGAAUAUUUCUAUUGUAAAUUAACAAAAUAUACUGAAAAUUACAACCUGAAAUUAUAGAGAAAAGGGACAACACUAACUGCAUGAUAUAUAUACUUAUCGGUAAAACGCCACGAUUGCUUGGCUUUGCUCUGUAUACAGAGAACCUUAAGGGCCAGGGGAAAGAUUUACUUUUCGAAAAUUCAUUUUAUAUAUAGCAACAAUAAUUGCUAGGGAUCCAAGAUUAUUAUCACUAUAUUAGGCUACGACCAAGAUUAAUUAACAUGUUUCUAUGGCACGCUCGCGUUCAAAAGCUUUGAUUUGGUCACUGUUUUUGAAAAAGUUUCCCUCAAGUCCCUCAAGUUUUUGAAAAAAGUAGUUUUCUUUUGUUCCAUGAAUACUCAAAAUGCAAUUCAUGCCAUCAAUUUUGCAAUUCUAAGCCAAUUUGUGAUCUCUUUAUGACCAAAUAUCUCCACUGCGCAAGAGGGCACAUUGUCAAAAAAAAUGUAAGUAAAAUCUAAAGAUAUGAUUAACAAAUUAAACAUAAUUUGAAAAAUGUGCCCUCUUGCGCAUUGCUGAAUUUUAUUGUCAAAGUUGACGUGAUUUCUAAGCAACUUCCCCCGGGCCCUUAAAAUUUAAGUCAAUCACUUGUCACUUGUGGUACAAUACCAAAUUGAAAUAGAUGACUAUUUUAAUUUUAAUAAAAAAAACCCCUAUAGUUACUUGGUUACUCAGAUUAUCCCCUCCGAGUUAUAACUGGGAAAAACAUGUAAUAAUUUUCAAAGCCCCCGACAGCACCUUCGAUUUCUUACUUCUACAUAUAUGAUUUUAUUAGAAAGUCCCAAUAGGCGCAAGAAAUGGAGAACAAACGGUUAUCUGCUGUUGAAGUGAAUUUACGAGAAUUUAGAUCCACGUGUAAAUUUGCUCCCCCAAAGGACGAUGUGUCCACCAGCGUAUUGUUGCGCAAAGGCCCACUUUCUGUCAACUCCGUUUCGAAUAUCACGACAUUGGAAUACCUCGAAAAUUUUAGGAAACGAACCGGAUAUCAGCCGAAAGAUCAAACUCCUGAGGUCCGAGAAAUACAAUCUAAUGCACAAAAGGAAGUUACCUGCGAUGAAGGAGAAAAUGAGGUCGUAGAAUUGCCAAAGGACGAUGAUGAAAUUUGUAAGGAAUUAGAAGAAAAUGUUUUCGUCAACCACCGCUUAACAGCAGAGCAACUUCUGGUCCUGGAUGAAUUUUGGAGUUUGAAAACCGUUGACAUUUCGGACAAUGAACUUAAGAACGUUCGUAAUUUGGGGGCUAUGCCCUACCUUCAAACUAUAAAUGCAUCGAAAAAUCAACUCGAGACUUUCUUGGAGAUAACACCACCCCUCCCUGCAUCGCUUAAGGAAGUGGAUUUCUCAUAUAAUAAAAUAGCCAUCAUUGUAGAGCUGAUUGAAUAUUGGUCACUUACCCAUAUCAAUUUAAGCCAUAAUGAACUUACUAAGGUGGAAGGAUUUUCUGGAUUAAAUUAUUUGCAAGUACUGGAUUUAUCCCAUAACAAAAUUGAGACAAUCAUAGAAAUCGACUGUCCUAGUCUCAUUUCAUUACAUUUGAAUUCCAACAAAUUGGGGUCAAUCACCGAAUACAUUGGCUGCCAAAACUUGCGCUACUUAAAUCUGCACAAGAAUAAACUGUCCACAGUUACAGGACUAAAACAUUUAACAGAAUUAACGGAACUUAAUAUCAGUGAGAACGAGAUUGACGACAUUGCAGAAUUGGAAUGUUUGCAACCUUUGCUAAACUUGACUCGCGUGAAGAUUCAUCCAAACCCAAUUUCAUCCAUGGAGAACUGGCGACUUGUUUUGGUUCAUGGCCUAUGUCAAAUUUUGUGGCUAGACGAAACCUUCGUAGAACCAUCAGAGCUGAGAGCAGCUGCCAACUUAUUUAGUCCAUCCUACAAGAAACUUGCCUAUCUGGACUACUCUGAAAUCCUAGUCCACCAAGCAUGUCAAUCAGCUAAUACAAUUUUUGACGGUUACUGCAGGAACCGUCCAUCUCCGCCGAUUUUGCUAAUAGUUGGUCCUCCGAGAAGCGGAGUUCACUCAACGGCAACAACAAUAGAAGGCAGCCAUCCGAAACUGGACAUUCCAGUUUCAUAUGAAAGUUUUCAAGAAAUGAAGAACAACGGAGAAUUUCUAGCAACUUGCCAAAUCUUGGGCCGAAUUUGUGGUUUUGCAACAUCCCAGAUUGCACGGGCUGCUGAGAAAAUGGCACUAUUGGUCGCAGUCGUACCACUAAAUACAGCCAUUGCCCUUCGAGAAUGGAAUUUGAAUCCGAAAUUAGUUCUGGCACUGCCAAGUACGCCACCAGAGUUCCCGUUGGACGAGGAAAGGAUUGAGAGCAUACGACGAAGCAUAGGAAGCGACCCUGGAGAAGGAUUAUUGAAGAGAAAGUCGAGCGAAGGAAAUAAGUCGGAAACCGGGGCAAGUACAGACGAGGAGAAAGAUCACCAUCUCGUCAACUUUGCAGAAAUGCUUUCCGUUGUCCCAUCUGCGGCAGAAGAAAAGGAUCCUGAAAAAAUUUUAUAUGAGGAGGAAGAAGAUGAACACGAUCUUGAGGUGUCCUCAUCGGAGCCUAUUCAACAUUCCAUCCUCAAGUCUCCGAGGUUUGAAGUCAACGCAACUUCCAGCAAUGACAAUGCUGCUGACCUCGAUGACUUUAUGGUUGAUGAUGAUCAGCUACAGCAAGACGAAGAAGAUAUUGAGGAACUGGAGGCGUAUGAGAGGUCGUUGGAAUUGUUUGAAGCUCGGACGAGUAAGGACGCUUCUCGAGUUCGAAUAUCAAAUCGACUAAGUGAGCACCUUGAACAAGACACCAUUCUAGACAUGGAGAAGAAGAAACGGGGUCGGUUAAAGUCUCUUGCGCCAGGAAUGGAGCGAUACAGCGUGUACGAUCAGGACGCCAUCGCGAACGCAGAUGACGACGACGACGAUGAUUUAUAUGACGAUGCCACCGAAGCCGAAUUUCCAGACGAGUGGGCAGAUAACGAAGAAAUGGAACUUUUAAAUUCCAAGGUUGCAGACAUAAAUAUAAUGGGCAGCAGCAACAGCGGGGCUGAGCAAGACACAAACCUAGUUCAUAAAACGACCCCACACUCGGCUAACGCUGAAAAUGUGGAGACAAACCAUCUCCACCCCCGGUCUUCUGAUAGUGGUAGUUUAACUGAGGGAAGUGUCCCAGCGGCUUUAAUCUACGGGAGCAAAAGAAUUAAUCGACUUGCCAGUCUUUUGAUACUACAACCAGAUCAAAGCGCAAUUCCUUCUUUGAAAAUCCCAGACAUUUUAAUGAACCUGUCAUCCCCGGAGAAUUUGGACCCCAAAUGGCUUCAACCAACGUUUAAGCAUCCUACAGACCAGGAAUUUCUUGACGACGGAAGUCAACUUUUCGAUGACUUUUUCGAAGAGGAGGAUGAAGAUGAGGAGGAGUCAGAAGACCAAGAAGAGCAUGAUUUUCAAGCUGUCCCAAUAGUGCCUGACCAAUCUGUCCAAGAAACCAAUAAGCCACCGCAAGUCCCACCCAAGAUGGAAAAUUUAACUGGAGGUUUAUGCACUCCAUUUCAGUGGCCGGGACUUGAUCCCGAUUCGGGAUUGGAAAGCCCUGAAGGGAGGUUAGACUCAGGAGUCGAGGCUGGGAAUCAAGAAGAGCAUGGAAAUGAAAAUGGUUUGUUGAAAAGUAUGCCGACGACUCAGCAGGUUCAUAAUGCUAAUGUAGUUUCUAUCCCAACUGAUGAAACCGGGGUCCCUGGGGUAAUAUCUGUAUCUAAUACUCAAGCACCGGAAGAACUGCUCCCCUCAAACCCACUUUCCUCCAGAAAAUCUACCUCCGCUAAUAACCUAGAUCAAGAGCCAAAGUCUGGAAAAAAACAGAAGAAGAAAGGAUUGCGAUUUCAUGAUUCAACUGAAAAUGUGAACACAAGUUCGCCUGAAGAAUUCGAAUCAGCAGAAGAGAACAAGGCAGCUGGUAGCGAUAAUGGGCUUGUAGAUGAUCCAUUUUCCACAAAUGUAGAAAGUACGGACGGUGAAAGGCAGCAUCAGCCAGGGCAGCAGCAUAGAAACUCAACAGAUGAGAAAAUUAAGGAACCUGUACACUUGGCACUCUCAGAGAGUGAGCAUUCAGAACAACACACUGAACAGCAGCAGCAGCAUCACCAUCACCUAACUCACAAAGAAGCCAUGACUUUCUCCAUUCUCCAAACGAAAGAGAGAUAUUCAAAGUUUCAUAGUGAAAAUCCCGGAUUUUUUCAUACCGUCAUCGACACUGCCGACUUGUGUGAAAGUUACCAAGUCCUAGAAAAUGUAGUAAUGGAUGCCCUAAUUAAGUUCAGGCAAGAGUCAAUAGUCUACGCAAGCAGAUCGCCAGUUGUAAAAUCCCAUGCUGGAGCAAAUAAAGUGGACGCCAAAUAUUUUCUGGUUGACCGACUGCAGAAAAUGAAAGACUCUUCUGUGCUGUGGACUCGUGGUUGCGAGAUCAAAAAUCGACCCUCAGAACAAGAGGUUCAAACUUUUCAACAAUUAUACUCGAGCCAGAUGGAACAAUCCGAAGUGCUGUUUACCAGGCCCACAUGUUCGCGAAAUUUGUUGGACCCCACUAUUCACAGGCCUCCAAUCACUUUUAAAAUGAGAAAACUAGUCGAGUUGCAAGAGAAGAGGGUCAAAUGCUCAAUGCUUCAGAAAACCUCCAAUGAUUGUCAAGAUAGAUAUCCAGAUGGAGAAUUAAAAUGAAUGCUUAGAAGCACAAAUAAAAGACUUUUAUUAUGAUCGAAAUACGAAUGUAUUGGUGAAACUCUGAUAAAGGGAAUGUAUGACAGUGAAAAUUGCAAUGAUGAAUUUUGUCGAAUAACACAUUUUGGAUCAGAUGUAUUUACUCUGCUUUUGUUACAUUAAUAUAUAUACUACAGAAUUUGUCUGCAUACAAAUAAAUUCUGAGUUAUGGAGGUUGCU